CUCUAUCCCCACCAUUCAUCCCGACAAUUCCAUCGGCACCGUCAUGGCCGCGCCGAUCGUGUAUGACGAUGUCGCUGCUGGAGCAAAUUUGAAUGGAACAUUGUUCGCUGGCAAGAAGUUCUGGAUUGCCCAGCGUGUUCCCCUUCGGAACAGUAUCCUGGACAAGAUCAAGAGUAACGGUGGAGAAAUAACACAGUUGGAGAAGAAAGCAGACUAUCUCAUCGCCGAUCAUUGCAGGCGGGAUAACGCCCCCGGGACGAUAUCGUAUACUUUUAUUGAUGCGUCGAUUCAAAAUGGCGAGAUUCAAGAUCCUGACGAGCAUUUGGCCGGCCCUCCCGUCGGAACGGCUUCAGCGGUGAGCGCAGGCAGCAAAUCUUCCCGAACCUCUCGCGCGGCGUAUACGGCCGAGGAGGAUAGGAUACUCUACAAAUGGGUCCGCGAUCAUGAGAAGAUGGGUGGCAGGGCUUCUGGAAAUGAAAUUUACAUACAACUCGAAGCAAAAUAUCCACGACAUACAUGGCAUUCGUGGCGCGAUCGAUACCUCAAACGACUACGAGACCAACCUCCCGCGGGUCUGAACGUGCCCGACAAUGCUCCUCCUUCCCCUCCAUCGGAUCAAUCUGUCGAACAGGUACCUCGGAACAAAUCUCGAGCGGAAUUAUCUCAUGAGAGCCCGGGGAAGAAGCAGGACAAGACAGUCAAAACAUCACCUAGGUCAAAUGAUUCCCCGAAGCGGCACAUUGACAAGGCGACGAUCAAAGAAGUAUACACUGUAUCUGAUCUUGAGCUACUGUUCACAUUUGUGGAUUGGGAAGAGUUGUAUGCCAAUGCAGAUGUCAUCACAGCGAUUGACGAAGCUUCUGCUAAAGAGGCCUGGGCGCGGUACGCAGAAGUGGAUGACAAGAAGAGGACGACGGAACAAUGGAAACAAUAUUUCGAGAAGGUCGUCCUGCCGGAUUAUCAACGGGAUGAUUCGGCCAAAAAAGAGCGAGUGAAGAAGAGGGUAACAAGAAAGCAUGAACAAAAGAGUCACCAAGGCGGACAGAGACCUGAGCGCCACCAAGUUUGGAGCCAGAGUCAGCCUCAGGAUGAGGAAGUGUUGGAUAGCGAUCGUGGAGACGCACAAGAACAACAUGAACCAUCGAAACCAAGUCCUUCAGCGCCAGCGCGUGGAAAAGAAACAGCAACCAAGUUAUCAUCCGCUCACAGGCCCGUGAAUCCCUCAAUUGCAAAGGCGAUGGCCAAGCGUCGAGGUAUCGAACAAGCUCAGGAUGCCUUUAGUUUCUAUGUUCAGGCUACCAAGGAGGCGGGAGCAGUUGAUGAGUCUGAUUUAGAUGGAGGUUCAGCUCAGCGGCGACAAGUCUUGUGGCCUAGGUGGCAGAGGCUCAGUUUUGAUGUGCAGGCAACGUAUGUUGCUCUUGCAGUCGCAGAUCUUCGACGUGUCGAAAUGGAGAAAUCGGAAAAGCGCAAUCAGGUUUCUGAAGUCGCGACAUCCUCAACACUAGCCCCCCUUACCCCUACACCUAAGGCAUCUGAUAAGAUUUCGAAAAGGGUACGUGAAGUGGAAGAGGAGGCAGCCUCGCCAUCUCGCCCUUCGAAAAUCCAUCGAUCUAAACGGUCGCCACCAAAGAAAGCCACAAAAACUUCUCCGCGUGGGAUAGAGCGCCAGCCAUUGGAGGUGUCCUCUGAAACAAAUUCCUCCGCACUUGCUGAUGACGAGGACGAGGACGAUGAGGAUGAAGAACUGCCACAGCUCCAUCACCAGGCUAUCAAAUUGGAGAACGUUGAUACGGGUGCAGAGUCUGAUCAACCAACGCCACUAGCCCGGCAAGUUCGAUAUCCAACUCUGCGAAGGAGUUCAGACCUCCCCAAUGAUACUCCCACUGGAACGCCUCGUGCUGCUCGCUCCCGGGCUUCUGCCUUUGAUACACAAGCCAUCCUUUCCUCGCCGCCCAAUGAAUUUUCAUUAAAGCCCAUUCCCAAACCGAUUGAUUCCCAGGAUAUCUUUUCGUCCCCUUCCCAAGGACCCUCCCUGAUGGCUCUUCCCAGGCCAGCCAGGGAUGUCACUCCAUCUAUAAAAGAAGAACCGACGUCGGCGCCAGGCUCUCCCCUUGCGAUAGAUAUUGGAUCAGAAGACUCCAAUACACACUCAAUGCAAGAGUUUCGUCGCUCCCUGAAUGGAGCACAGAGUCCCGGAUACCCGUCCUUGAACCUCUACACCCCAGUGAACCUGAGUCGAUCUCCUGCCGGGUCACCAAGUCCCUCGGAAUUCUUUUCCCAAGAAUCCGGUGACCCAGAUCCGCCCCUUGACCCCGAGGAGAUGGAUGAGUUCUUUGCCGAACAGCACAGUGAGGGGUUCAGCGACCAGGACAUCACACGUGCUCUCAAGCAUACCCGCUGUCGCCCCGAACUUGCAGUACAGGUACUUGACGCCUGGAAGGAUGGCCUCCCCCUACCUGACGUUCGAGGUGUUUGGUCUGCCUUAGACGACGAGCAAGUAGUCAGUAGCAAUCCUAGUGUGUUGGCAGCGUUGGCGAAGAAGCACACCCUUGACGGAUGGGGUGGAGUUACGGAACGAAACCGAUUCCUGGCACAGCUUUCGGGGAGGAUGUAGAAGCUUUAGGGGCCUAUAGGCCGUCGAACGGGCUGCUUCUGGCGGGUUCGAUGACUUCAAUUGACAGGAAAUUUACGUACUGGCGGCGUUUGGAGAUCACGUCACGACUCGAUGAUUGAUGAUCAGCAAGGUUAUGGAAUAUCACACGAAGGGGCCUCAUGAGCGUACAAGUAUCCAGGUAUCUAGUAAUGAGAUGUAAUAAUCUUCACUUCGGUUCGUUCCAGAACAUGUGAUGCAUCUGGUACGCGUGAUGAAGUAGUGCUGGGAUCUCGUAUU